AUGGUGAAAAAUGUUAAAUAUAGUUUAUUUCUUAUUUUUUUAUACCAUAACCUACUAACCAAGGCGCAAAAAGAGAAAACUACACCCGAAACUAUUUUUGUAGAAACAACAACAGAAGCAGUAACAAUUAUAACGGAUAUUCCUCAGUCUGAUGUAGAGUUAGCGCUUAACCAUGACGUUGGGAAAUAUACAACGAUGGUCUUCAAUUACAUCAACAAGCAGUAUGAAACAAAUAUCAGAUAUGAGAGAUGCUUUGACGAUUAUACCAAGUGCCUAAUUACUCAAUCAGUGGCAACACCUAUUUGUGCCGUAAACGAUCCAAAUGAGAGACCUGACGGGUUCGUCACAUAUAAUUCUUAUUGUGAUGCGUAUUUUGACAAUUGCCUUAGACAGAUGAAUGACAAUAUGAUUAUUUAUGCCUAUUGCAUUAUGUCUAUGCCAAAGCGACCAGAGUCCAAGGCGCAACACCAC